AUGCAACGUCCCCUCCUGGCCCCCUCCUCCUUGCCAGCCGCUCAGCCCAGGAAGCUCCAGUGCCGACUCCCCUUUUCUUCCCUGGGGAGAACCUGCCUACCUACCUUGACGGCAUAUCAGACCAACCCCACCCCCCACCCCCCCACCGUGGAGCCUCUGAUCACCCUGCUUCAGAGGGAAUCCUCGGUGCAGCGCAGAAGAGCAGAGAAGAAGAAAUCCCUCUUCCGUGAGAGACCAGGUCUCCUGAGUCGGAUUCCUGUCCGGGACAGCCCCUGUGCCCGGCCAUCCCGAGGGUGCGGCCAUGGCCCCGCUGCUCCCCACCGAUGUGACCGUGACCCGGUUCUCCCGCUCCAUCCACCUGUACUCCAGGCCAGGCCCCGCGGGUUCCCCAGGGCCCGCCCACUGCUCCUGUUCCUGCCGUGGCUGGGGGCGAGGCCGGCUGCCCAGGGCCAGUACCUGCAGCUGUACCUGGCCUGCGGCUUCGACGUGCUGGCCGUGGAGAGCUCGCUGAGCCACUUUCUGUGCCCGCGCCAGGGCCUGAGGUGGGCUGCCCACGUGCUGGCGCUGCUGCGGGGGUCUGGGGCCCUGGCCAGCCGCCCACUGGUGGUGCAUGCGCUCUCCCUGGGUGGCUACACCUUUGCACAGAUGCUCCUGCUCAUGGGCCGGGACCUGGGGCACCACGGUGGCGUGGCCCAGCGCCUGAGGGGCCAUAUUUUCGACAGCCUGGUGGUGGGCAGCCUGGACCGCAUGGCGCUGGGUGUGUCUCAGCUGAUGAAGCCGCAGGCCCUGGGCCCAGUGGUCAGGGCCACAGCCAUGUUCUACUUCCACCUGUAUCCCAGCUGCACCAUUCGGCAUUACGAGGCUGCAGUGGCUGCAUUCUGGCAGCCACCGGUCAGACCCCCGACACUUGUCUUCUACAGCCUGGACGAUCCCCUCUGCGACAGUGCCCGCCUGCAGGAGCUGCUGGCUGCCUGGCAGCGGCUGGGCAUGCCGGUGUGGGUCCAGGCCUGGGCGACCUCGCGCCAUGCCGCCCACCUGCGCCAGCACCCCCUGGAGUACAGCAGCACCCUCGUCACCUUCCUGGGGAGGCUCGGCCUGGCGGCCCCCAAAGCCCAGCUCUGA